AAGAGUGACCCCUAAUUUGUAGAACAGAAGAAGAAUAGAAAGUAGUAGAAAACAAAAGAGAAGAAGAAGUAAUAAGGAAGAAAGAAAAGCGCGAUUGUGAUUAAGAUUGGGGAAGUGAAAAACAAGAAAACCCUAAUUUUAGAUUUUGUGAUCAAUGAAAAACCCUAGAAUCCAACGCACAUCGACGUAGAUGCUUGUUAUCGGCAGUGUAUCGUGGGAUCUCAAUUGGUUCCGUCAAUUCAUAAUCACCGCUCUAGUAAUCAUCGUUGUUGGAUUGUUCACUUGGAUGAAAAACAACGCUUCUAGAUAUUUCGACGCCAAUUUCGAAGGGGAUCAUCAUCAUCAUUCUUCUUCAUCUUCCUCUGCCUCAAUGCCCAGCGCUGUUAACUCCGUCGACCCUAUCUGCGCUGUCUGCUCUUCCCAUGCUACCAAAAGGUGUUCACGCUGUAAAACUGUUCGAUAUUGCUCAGCUGUAUGUCAACAACUGCAUUGGAAAUCCGGCCACGAGGCGGAUUGCAAAAAUUUGAGAAGUGUCAACUCGGCUCAAAAUGGGGCUACUAAUGGCGGGUUUAAGGCUUCUGCUGCUGGGGGUAAAGGCUCGAAUUUGAUUGCACUCGUACCUGGUGGUUGUGGUAAAAGCUCCAGGCAAAUCAAGCUGCCUAAAGAUGUACUUUUUCCUUAUGAUGAAUUUGUUAAACUAUUUAACUGGGACAAGCCAGGAUUUCAUCCUUGUGGACUCUUGAAUUGUGGAAACAGUUGCUUUGCGAAUGUGGUUCUUCAGUGUCUCUCAUUCACAAGGCCACUUGUUGCUUACUUGCUGGAGAAGGGCCACCGAAAAGAAUGCAAUUGUAAUGAUUGGUGCUUUCUAUGUGAAUUUGAAAAUCAUGUUGAAAGAACAAGGCUAAGUUCACAGGCGUUUUCUCCAAUGAAUAUUCUCUCUCGUUUGCCUAAUAUCGGUGGUACUUUAGGUUAUGGAAGACAAGAGGAUGCUCACGAGUUCAUGAGGUUUUCAAUUGAUACUAUGCAAUCUGUUUGCCUUAAUGAAUUUGGUGGAGAAAAAGUUGUGCCUUCUAACCUUCAGGAGACAACCAUUAUCCAACACAUUUUUGGCGGUCGCCUUCAAUCCGAGGUUAUUUGCACAAAGUGUGAGAAGACUUCAAAUCAGUAUGAAAGUAUGAUGGAUUUGACAGUUGAAAUUCACGGAGAUGCUGCCUCGUUGGAGGAAUGUCUAGAUCAGUUUACUGUCAAAGAGUGGCUUGAUGGGGAAAAUAUGUAUAAAUGUGAAGGAUGUCAGGACUAUGUAAAAGCAUGGAAGCGUCUUACUGUUAAAUGUGCUCCAAAUAUUCUUACAAUUGCCUUGAAAAGAUUUCAGAGCGGGAGGUUUGGAAAGCUAAACAAGAGAGUAGCCUUCCCUGAGACUUUAAAUCUUAGCCCUUACAUGAGUGAAGCUGGAGAUGGAUCUGACAUGUAUAAGUUAUAUGCUGUUGUAGUCCAUAUCGAUAUGCUAAAUGCUUCAUUUUUUGGUCAUUACAUAUGCUACAUCAAGGAUUUCCAGGGAAAUUGGUAUAGGAUUGAUGACUCAAAGGUUGCAAGUGUGGAAUUGGAGGAGGUACUUUCUCAGGGAGCAUACAUGCUGCUGUAUAGAAGGUGUUCUGCUCGACCAUCAUGCCUUCAAAUUCAAACUACAGAGUCUUCAGGGACAGAAGAGCGAACAGUGGAAGUGGAAUCUUCAGGGACAGUGGAAGAGCGAACAGUGGAAGUGGAAGUGGAACCUUACCAAACUGAACAAGCUGAGUCCCUCUCAAAUAUUAAGGCUUUGACUUGCAGUAGUGAUUGUGAGGUUUCACCGCAUGAUAUUAGUCCAGAAUUGAAGGUUUCUUCCAGCUAUGAAUACGAGUCUUCCAUUGAAUUGAACUCAGAAGCUAACAAAGAGCAGUCUGAGGACACAAGCAUGAUUGACGUUGAGUCUACUGAUAUUGCGAACAAUAUUUCUAGUAGUGCUGUUGAAUCAUCUUAUUUGCCCAUUUCUUAUGCUGUCAACAAUUUGGUGGAAGUAGAUAUGGAAAGACCUAUAGAAGAGACUUCAGGCUGUGCACAAGAUCAAGAUGAUACUGGUAUGACUGGGUCUUGUCCUUCUUCAGGUUUACCAAAUGAUUUUUCUUUCUUGGAUAAGCAUUCUUCUGUUUCAAUUGAUUAUCGAAAUGUGGAGGAAGAUUCAGAACACAUCGACGCGGUUAAAUGCAAGCUGCUAACAGUCAAAGAGGAGGCAUAUUAUGGCAAUGGAUAUGUUAGUGCAAAUAAAUCUGCAGUUCCUCAUGAAGAUGCGGGUACUCUAUUUUCUGGCAUCGGUUCAUUUCCCACUGAAAAGGACAUAGGAAAUGGAAUUAAGAAAGUGGAAAUAUCAGCUGAUAAAUUAAUAAUGUAGGUCUAGUUUUUUCUAAAUUUAAUUCCUUCAUAUCAUCAUUCAUAUCCCGUCAUCGAAAAGAGAUGGUGAGUUGGGAAAUUUUUUUUCUGGGGUUUCAUUAUUUGUGGGAGCCUUGGAUCUUAUUUUAACUUUUCUAGAUGGAUUAUAAUAUCUAAUUUGAUUAGUUAUACUGAUAGAACUCCUUGGUCCUUAUCUCUCUUUUAUUCAUUCUGUACAUAAAGAAAAGCAUAACCGUUAAUUUUGUUAAUUUUACAGCCUGUUUGUUUG